AUGCAAGAGGACCCCACCCAUGCGCCUUUCUCUCCUCGUUACGUGUUGGUGGUGGUGGUGACGGAGAACAUGCGGAGGAAAUGCAAGUGCCAUGGCACCUCAGGGAGCUGUCAGCUGAAGACAUGCUGGCAGGUGACCCCCGAGUUCCGGCUAGUGGGCUCACUGCUCAAAGAGCGCUUCUCUGGGGCCAUGAUGAUCCGGCCCCACAACAGGAACACAGGACAGAUGGAGCUGGGUCAUGCUCGCCACCGGCGUCGGGCUGGCAUCAGUGACCUGGUCUACUUUGAGAAAUCACCAGACUUCUGUGAGAGGGAGCCAGCCUUAGACUCCAUGGGUACACAAGGGCGCUUGUGCAACAAGACCAGCCCAGGCAUGGACAACUGUGAGAGCUUGUGCUGUGGGCGAGGGCACAACAUCCUGCGGCAAACACGCAGCGAGCGCUGCAAUUGCAAGUUCCACUGGUGCUGCUUUGUGGCUUGCGAGGAGUGCCGGCUCACCGAGUGGGUCAGCGUCUGCAAGUGAUUCUGAGUCCGUUGGAUGCUCCAGAGACUCUGCUGUUUGAUUUUGCAGCAUUACAGGAUGGAAUCCUGCCAUCGGCAGGAGGCACCGUUGGGGGGCCUGGCACAUGAGUGUUCCAUGUCUCCCUGGCAAUUCCAUUCCUUCCUGACCAUGCAUGAGCACUGAGGCUCCAAGGGAUCCAUCUGUACCUCAGAGGCAUAAAAGGCCUUGCACCAGGGACACCGUGGCCUGGCUUCUCAUGCUAGGAAUGGGACGGCUGGAGUCUCUGAGAAUAACUCCAGUGUCUUCUGAUCACUGAUCUCUGUGGGUUCUUAGGUUUGUGAACCACAAAUGAUGGUUCCUCAAGCAGAAACUCACACAAGCUCCUUCUGACUCCCUCCCUAGUGACAUCUUCCCGUACCGCUAUGGGAUCAUUCAGGUGACAGAUAAUUCUACAAACUGAAAUAACUGCUUUUUUAAAAAAUGAAAAGAAAAACUUGGGCUGAGACUGCUCCAUUGCCAGUUAAGAGAACUCAGAAUACUUUUUGGCCUCCAUGAGUACAUUUGUUGUUGUUGGGGGGGAUUAAAAUACAGAGUUUGCUUAAGGAAAUGUUUUGAAUGAGGGACUGAAGGGUGGGAGUGCAGAGGUUUCUGUCUGUAGUCUCCCAUAAAGGUGCCAUAGGCACUUAGGGUGGUUACUGUGGUUGGUAAGUUAUUUUAUUAUUGUGAAAAUAAAAUUGAA